AUGAAGUACAUCUCAAAGCUCCGCAACAACAUCAGCGAGUCCUUCUGGACCGACCCGAACAUAAACAGGGUCAAGAGCUGGGCUGACCCGAUACGCCGCCGGCUUCCCUCGGCCACGGCGGAGUAUCUCGCUGAAAAGCUUCCCGCCGCCCAAUGGCUCCCGAAUUACAACUUCAAAUGGAUCCUGAACGACAUCAUUGGUGGCAUCACCAUUGGGGUCAUGCUCAUUCCUCAGGGACUCGCGUAUGCCAAGAUUGCCAACAUCCCCGUCGAGCAUGGACUGUACUCUAGUUGGCUGCCAUCGGCUCUCUACUUCUUUCUCGGCACCUCAAAGGGUAAGAGUAAUCCCAACAAGAACGGAUUCGGCUGGAGAGAAAGCCCGAAUAGUCAUAGUAACAAGAUAACAGAAGUAUCGUCCGGCCCUACGUCGAUUCUGGGCCUCUUCACCGCCGAGGCCGUCGCCGACCUCUCCAAGCAGGGCUACGACCCGGCCAACAUUGCCUCCGCCAUGGCCUUUCUCGUCGGCGUCUACGCGCUGGCCAUCGGCCUGCUGAAGCUCGGCUUCCUGCUCGACUUCGUGUCCGGCCCGGUCCUGACCGGCUGGAUCUCCGCUGUAGCCUUUGUCAUCGGCCUCGGCCAAGUCGGCUCCCUCAUCGGCAUCACCACCGGCUCCGGCACCGUCACCAUCCUGCGCGACGUGCUCGGCCACCUCGACAAGAUCAAGCCCCUCACCCUGUGCGUCGGCCUCACCGGCAUCGCGAUGCUGUACGCGCUGCAGUGGGUGGGUAGGGCCUGGAGCGGCAAGAACAGGUGGCUCAAGUUCCUGAGCACCAGCCGCGCCGUGGUGGUGCUCGUCGUCUACACCAUCAUAUCAUUCCUGGUGAACAAGGACCGCAAGGUCAAGGAGUACGCGUGGAGUGUCACUCAGGUCAACACAAAGGGCCUGCUGCCGCCCCAGGCCCAUGACGGGUCGCUGGUCCAAAAGAUGGCGUCGCGGUCGAUCGCGCCGCUCAUUGCCAUGGCGGUGGAGCAUCUCGGCGUGGCAAAGGCCUUUGGGCUGCGCAACAACUACAGCAUCGACAAGAGCCAGGAGCUGGUUUUCCUGGGGACUUCCAACAUUGCCAACAGCUUCUUCGGUGCCCAGACCUGUGGAGGUGCCAUGUCGCGGACCGCGGUCAACUCAGAGUGCGGUGUCAAGAGCCCGGUCAACUUUCUCUUCACCGCAGGGUUCAUCAUCCUCACGCUCUAUGAACUUGCGCCCGCCCUGUACUGGAUUCCCAAGGCCACGCUUUCCGCUAUCAUUAUCAUGGCCGUUGCCCACCUUGUUUCUUCCCCUCGACUAUUUUACCGCUAUUGGAGAAUGUCGUCCAUGGACUUUAUCGCAUCGAUGCUUGGAUUCUGGGUUACCCUGUUCACCACUACGGAGAUUGGUCUUGCCGUCGCCGUCGCCUUCAGCAUCGUCUACACUCUGAUUCGCCUCGCCUUCCCCAAGUGGGUUGGACUAUCUCACAGAGACACCGAGACUGUUCACUGGUCUCCGCCCAAGCACCAUCGCCUGGUCGACGGCAUCGACGUCCCGGCCGAGGCCUACCUGGUCCGGUUCACGGAAGACUUGCUGUUCCCCAACGCGGAGCGCGUCAAGAACGCCAUCGUCGAGGCCGUCAAGGUCCAGUUUGAGCCGGCCAGCUCUGCUGCGCGCGACAUCCUCUCCGCGGAAGGGUCCUGGAACGUGGCCAGCGCCAAGCGCAUCGACAAGAUCCGGCGCAGGACCAACGUCGUCCCGCUCAAGUGCGACCUUGUACCGCUGCGCCACGUCGUGCUCGACUUCACCAUGGUCGGGUUCCUGGACGUCACGGGACUGCUCUCGCUGAUUGAGCUGAAGAUGGAGCUCAGACGCUACAUUGGCGCGGAUCUGCAGUUUAGGUUCGUCAACAUGGUCGACGAGGUCUACGAGCGGUUCAGACGGUCCGAGUGGGAGUUUUCCCGACAGGGAGAGCAGAGGACGGGCGAGGCGGACACCAUCUACAACUCGCUGGAGGCCGCCUUGUUCCAUCACGACGGCGACGAGAAAUCCGACAAUGUCUCGGAAAAGGCUCUGGACGUGUGA